CGUCUGUAAUCUGCUUUGAACCAAAAUGGCCGCCGGUGUAGUGGUGUAGAGAUAAUUAGAAAGAAAUGUUUUAGUGAAGUAUAAACUUACGUUGUUGUGAUUAACAUCAAAACCUGCGCAUUAGACGCAGCAGUUAUGGCGGAUACUAGGCGGAGGGUUAAAUUGUAUGUUUUAAACGAUGAAAGGCAGUGGGAUGAUCGUGGAACAGGUCAUGUAUCUUCUUCUUACGUGGAGAGGCUGAAUGGAAUGUCCCUGCUUGUACGGGCAGAAUCUGAUGGUUCAAUUUUGUUGGAAUCAAAGAUAGAACCUGACACCGCAUAUCAAAAACAACAGGAAACUCUUAUUGUGUGGUCCGAAAAUGAAAAUUGUGAUCUAGCUCUUAGUUUUCAAGAAAAGGCUGGUUGUGAUGAAAUUUGGCAGAAAAUAUGUGAGGUGCAAGGUAAGGAUCCAUCAGUGGACAUCACCCAAGACAUAGUGGAAGAGUCGGAAGAUGAGAGAUUUGAUGAGAUGCCCGAUGCGGCACCUCCUAUUGAACUACCAUUGUGCGAGCUCAGUAGACUGGAGGAGAUCUCGGAGCUCUUUUCGAGUGUGCUUCCGUCACCAAUAAAACGUGAGAAGCUAGCAUUAGCCAUCGAGAAUGACAACUAUGUGAAAAGACUUCUGGAGCUCUUUCAUGUCUGUGAGGAUUUGGAGAACAUGGAAGGUUUGCAUCAUUUGUACGAGAUCUUCAAAGACAUAUUUUUAUUGAACAAGAACUCGCUGCUUGAGAUGAUGUUCUCAGAAGAUUCCAUUAACGCAAUGCUUGGGGUGUUGGAAUAUGACCCCUCGCUGUCUACACCUUACAGACACCGUGAAUACUUGAGCUCCAAGUCUCGUUUUAAGGAAGUGAUUCCAAUCACGAACCGAGAACUUUUGAACAAAAUCCACCAGACGUACCGUGUUCAAUACAUACAGGAUACGAUUCUGCCAACUCCAUCCGUAUUUGAGGAGAACAUGUUAUCUGCUCUCAAUUCAUUUAUAUUUUUUAACAAGAUAGAAAUAGUGACAAUGAUACAGGAUGAUGAAAAGUUCCUACCAGAGUUGUUUUCACAAUUGAUGGAUGAAAAUACGGAUGAUGAGAAACGCCAAGACCUUGUACUCUUCCUCAAGGAAUUCUGUAUGUUUGCUCAGACUUGUCAGAACAGAGACGCUUUUUUUAAGAUGUUAUCGGCUCUUGGUCUGUUGCCGGCACUGGGAUAUAUUUUGCAAAAUAUGGAAGAGCCAGUUGUGCGGCAAGCAGCUACAGACAUCCUAGCGUAUAUUGUAGAAUUUAGUCCGACCCUGGUGCGAGAAUUUAUACUGGACCAACGAAAACAGCAGACAGAUGAUGACAUACUACUGAUGAAUGUCAUAAUUGAACAAAUGAUCUGCGACACUGAUGAAGAUUUGGGUGGUGCUAUUCAACUUAUGAACUUAAUUAGAAUCUUGUUAGACCCAGAAAACAUGAUGGGAUCAAUAACAUUAAAGACAGAAAAGACAGAGUUUUUGAGUUUCUUUUAUAAGCACUGUAUUCACGUUUUGACAGCUCCUUUAAUGGCCAACACAGCAACUCUGAAGCCUAGCAAAGAUGACUAUCAAACUGCACAUCUCCUUAGUAUUAUUAUGGACUUGCUGACGUUUUGUGUAGAACACCACACAUAUCAUGCUAAGAACCACAUUAUUAGUAAAGACCUCCUGCGUAGGAUACUCGCUCUUCUUAAAUCUCAACAUGCAUUCCUUAACCUAUGUGCUGUUCGUUGCAUGCGGCGUAUCAUCAGCCUUAAAGAUGACUUUUAUAACCGUUACAUCAUUAAAGGGAAGCUUUUUGAGCCUCUUGUUAAUGCAUUCCUGUCCAAUGGCAACAAGUAUAACCUUUUGAACUCCGCAAUCCUUGAUUUGUUUGAGUUCGUCAGAAUUGAGGACAUAAAGUUAUUAAUUGUUCAUAUGAUGGAGGAGCAUGGCAGUGCCUUUAAAAACAUAGACUAUGUGAAAACAUUUCAGGGACUUCAUAAAAAAUAUGAACAGUUAAAAGAUAGGGAAACAAACAAACCAGAUUUCGAUGGUCUUCGACAACCAAGCUCAUUUCAAAACAGCCGGUAUCGUCGAGACGCAAGGGCAUUAGAUGAAGAAGAGGAGAUGUGGUUUGAUCAAGACGAUGAGCAAGAUCCUGCUGUGAUUCCUGAGGCAGUUGCAUCUUUACCGGAGAUGUCAGUGAUCAUUGAUAGUAUUGCACCAGAAGAAAAAGAAGAAACAAUAGCAGAGCCAAAGGAAAUGGACAAAGAGAACUUUGACAACAGCAACACAAAUGGCCGACCUAACAGUCCUGUUAAAUGUAUCCCGAUAGAAGCGGAGACGACGAUUACACCUACACCAGUUCUUACAAAUAAAACAGUUCCCACCUCAACGUCUGCGGAAGUCAAGUCAAGUAGCUUAACAAGAAAGGGUGGGCUAGUUGAUUAUCCAGAUGAAGACUCAGACGAAGAUUCCGACGAAGACCUUCCUGUUUCCAAGCGACCACGCCUAGCAACUUAAAAUUUCUGUUAAGUUUUGGCAUGUGUAUAGUACAGGCAGACAUCACCAUAGUCUUUUAAAACAAGAGGUCAUUUGAGGUCAUAUAAACAACAUGAAGAAGUGUGGUCAUCCUCAUUUGAAUUUAGAGUGUUCUCUGUCUCUCAUUGGGAUCUAUUUCAUGUUGAUGAAUAAUCAUGUUUGCUUAUGAAUAUUUAUCAUGUUUAAUGAGCACUUGAUCAUGGACCCAAGUUUGCGCAUUGGGUGUGCUGAACUUACGACAAUGGCUGGAGAGCUAUAUGAAGAAUAUUAGCUGAAGUAGGCGGAGCUACAGGACCUGCAACUGCCAUUCAGGAUGCAAGGCCAUUAUUGUCCAUUGAAAUAAAAACGUAGAGGUUGGAGACAUGCAUGAUACUGCUACCAUUCCAAAUUUCCAACAGGAAUAAAUCUGUUAGAUCCUGAAUUUGAUUAAAACAAAACAGAAAUACACUUUGAUUGUGUUCAGACUUUACGGUGGCAUUAUUUUAUUAAAGACUGAAAGAAAAAAAACAAGUAGAAAAAAAUCAGUAGUUUUGAUUGAAGGAGCUACACUGCAUUGGUAGCUUGUCAUGCUACUUUAUGUGAAUUAUGGUGUGUUCAGACAGACUUAGUUCUGAUAUGCCAAUAGACAUUGAACAUAAUUGAAUGGAUUCACCUUAAUUUAAAGCUCUGUUCACACUAUGAAACUGUAUGUUAAAAAUAACUGAUAUAUGCCCAUAUUUGGGUGUAAUAUGGCAUCAUCAUCCCCAUAUAUUUUGGCACAUUUGUCACAAAAAAGUGAUAGUAUGGACAGAGCUUAUCAAGUUUUCCAUAUAUGGGUAUGGUAUGAUGUCAUGCCCAUAUAUGAAUAAAUCAUAUUAAAGAAGACUUGAUAGAGCAUUAAAUAUAUUCAUCCUUAAUUUUAUUUAAUCUAUUGAUUGAUAGCAAUUGAUACCGACCUGAUUUAAUCUUAAAAUUUUAUUUACAUCAUUUAUAGUGUUAUAAGAAUACAGAGGUUUUGCUAUGAAACGGCAUAGAAGCAAUUGUGUAUUUUCACCUUUGAAAUGACCUCGCACUUGGUGGAAAACUAGCACUGUACCAAGAUUGAACAGCCGUCAUAGCAUGGUUGUGCACAACAACAAAUUUUGCUGUACAAUUUUUCAAAUGACAACUUCCCAAAGUUUGAAUUUGGACACAUCAUUUUCAUAUGGGUGUUAUAUUUUUCCAAUUGGACAUGAUAGCCAUAAAUUUAAAUGGCUGUAUACGUAUGCGAUGCGAAUUAUUUUAAAGAUUCCAUUGUUUAAAUAGAUUAGAGUUAGCACUCUGGUAUUUUUAUAACAAAUUUAAGUUGAAUCUCGGAACAUACAUGCUGCUAACCAUUUUAUGAAACGGUGUUAUUUCCAUCAAUGAUUGCCCAGAACAUUAACAAGCUUGCCACUGUGUUUUAGCUAACAUCCUUAGCUUUGAUUUUUUGUUCCGUAUUACCAAAUAAUUGUUUAGGUUUAUCAUUGAUGAAUAUAAUGUACUGUAUAUUGAAGGCAAAUAAUGAAAUUUUCAAUGCUUCUUGUGAAUGUUUAUGUUAUGUAAGAUUUUUUUUUUAUCAAUAUGUUGCUGUUUCUGUGAGAGUUUGUUAUACGGCCAGUAGAAAUUGAUCAAUUAUUAUUAUUAAAUGAUAUUGUUAAUCAAUUAUUAUAAUUUCAGUUAUUCUUAAGCAGUAUCAUUUUUAAGUUCUGUUCAUCGGUCUGGGAUUAUUGAUCAGUCAGUUAUUGAAUAAUAUUGAUCAGUUUGUAUUUCUUAAUGAUAGUGAAUCAGUUGCUAUUAAUCAAUAAUCAGUUAUUUAUUAAUAGAUCAAUUCUUGCUAAAAACGGAUAAUUUCCUUCUCUCGGACUUAGUGUGGUACUGGAAUAAAUUUGACUUAUUUUGUGUCUGAAAGUGUGAAAACCUUUUAAGCAUUAUGUAAGCCUUAAGAGAAUCAAACUUGUCAAAAUUGUUACACAUUUGAAGAACAUAAUACAGUAAUCUAGUUAUUUGUAUGCUUUCAUUAUAUUUAUUGUAAUCUGUUGACAUUGUAUAUGUUGUGAUCCAAUGAACUAGAGGCUUUUGUGUUUAUGAAAUAAUGCUUAGAUUUUUUUUAAUUCUGUUUUGAACCAGCAUCAAACUGGGUCAUGAUCUAAUUAGGUUUACUGGGAACCUUGCGACCUGACUUGACCUCCUUCAGCCCUGUUGCGGACAGAGGUUAUGACCUUAGGUUGAUCGUGAACCUUGUUAUGUCUGAUUUAAAGCCUGUGGAAAUUUGUAUAUUAUUUAUGUCGUAGGUGUCCAUCACAGUUUUCCCAUAAUGGUGCAAACGUAAUCAUUUCUCAUUAUAUUUUAUUGUGACAAACACAAUGCUGCCAUAAUUAUUCUGUGUUGAAGUCAAUUGGGUCAAAUUAAUGUAUAGAUUGUAAUUGCAGUUAGUGUAGCAUUUUCUUACCAUUUAUAGCCUGACUUGAAAAAGAUAUACCAUUGCAACAUCAUCUAAACAAUCAUAACUUACAUACAUACAUCCUAUAAUACAUACAUUCAAACAUACAUGUACAACAAAAAUAGGUAGGUCUAAUAAUUGUAUAAAAGGCUUGUACAAAAUAACCCAGGUGUAGAUAUGAACCUUUUAAAGUCUUCUACCUCCCAUAUGUAAACAUGUGUUAACAACAUGUGAACAUGUUCCAACAAAAAGAGUAUUUUCAUUUGUGUACACCACCUAACAUGAUGACAGCAACUUGAAAUACCCAAUAUAUUACAUUCUCUACUUUUAAUCAAAAUCUUUCAGACUACAUUUGUUUAGAUUGAAAAUGUCACAUUUGCCUACUUAUUUGAAAAUUCUAGUAAUUCAUUCUUCAUGUUGCAUUUUGUUCAAAUAUUUAUUUCAUAUAUUCUGAAACAUCUUACAAUUCGUAGCAUUAAUUUGAAUACAUUGCCACAAGAGAUAAUAUGCUUAUUGGACCAAAGUCUGGCUGCUUUUAGUAGAUAAUGUAGAGUACAGUAAGUGUUGCUACUUUCUGCUACCACUAUUCUGUAGUAUCCAGUCCAACACUAAAACUCUUAUUUAUUGAGCUACAAAUUAUACUGCUACCUUUACUGCUACUUUUAUCAACAAGAUACAUACUUCAGUUAACGUUUCCGUUUUGCCAUUUACGUGAAUAUAAACAACCGUUUAACAACCUUUGCCAAAUUUAUACUCACUUAGUACUAACAAAUAUUGUGCUGGUCAAAUUCAUUAUGUAUGUUUGGAAGAGAAAAAAUGGCUUGAAAUUACUGGGCAGGAAUUUUGUGAAUUUUGUUUCUUAAAAAAUAAAUAUUUUUCCUCUUUUAGUUUGUAAAUAUUUUUAUGUAAUACUCUUUGUUUAUUAAUAGUGUAUCUUUAUUCUUUUUGAAAUGGAACCCAGGUGUAUGCACUAUAAAAAAAAUUGAAAUAAACUUUGGGAUCUUCUUAAAUUGUAGCACAGUAGGAAGAAAUUGAAAUAUAAAGUGGGGAUCCUCUCGAAUUGUAUUGUUAAUUUUAAAACAUGUUGUAAAAGAUAAUGUGUAUGAAUUGUUAUUUAGCGUGUUUUUUUAGUUGAAUUAUUUCAUUAUUGAAAAUAAUAGAUGCAAUGAAAAGCGGAAAAAAUGUUUUAAUGCUGAUUAUGUAAUCCAUAGCAAUGAUGUCGGUACGUAUACAUUAAUAUACUGAUUAGGAGCUGUUAAACAUGUCAAUUUUUUGAUUAUCUCCCACAUUGAUUACAAAUGCUAGUGAUCUGUAGGUUGGUUUUAGACAGUGAAUUUUCAGUUUCAGACUGUAGGAUUCCAUUGGCUCAUUUUAUAUGUAAUUUCUUAAAAGAAUUUGUAUGUAUAUGUGUGUGUUUUUUCUGAUAUAUGAACUGGGAAAAAGAAGAGGCCGAAAGUGGUCCAAAGCCCCAUCUGAUAAUUUUGUAGCAAUUUGAAAUCCCAGUUCGAACCAUGUCAAACAGUCAUCUGAACAACCAAUUAAAUUUUUGAACGUGAAAUUUA